AUUCCUCUAUCUAUAUAUACCUUUGAAAUUCCUCCAUUUCCACACCAAAAUUUGAAAGCUAAAAGAGAAGCUAAUUAAGAUGGCCAUGACUUUCAAAUCUUUAGCAAGUCCUUUGCUUUUGGGUGCUUUGUUUAUCCUUGUCUUACAGGUUGCUGCAGAGAAGCCAAUAUCUGAAGCUAAACUUGAUGAAUCUGCACUAAUCCUACAAGACUCGAUCGUCAAAACUGUCAAUGAGAAUGCCGAAGCUGGAUGGGAAGCUGCAUUCAACCCUCAACUAUCGAAUUUCACGGUUUCCCAAUUUAAGCGCCUACUUGGAGUUCUGCCUGCAAGAGAAGGUGAUUUGGAGGGAAUUCCUGUUGUAACUCAUCCAAACCUUAUGAAGUUACCCAAGGAAUUUGACGCACGAAAGGCGUGGCCUCAAUGCAGCACAAUUGGAAAAAUUCUGGAUCAGGGACAUUGCGGUUCUUGUUGGGCUUUUGGUGCUGUUGAGGCGCUGUCUGAUCGUUUCUGUAUCCAUUUAAACAAGAGUGUCUCUCUCUCUGUAAAUGAUCUCUUAGCGUGCUGUGGCUUUUUAUGCGGGAAAGGUUGCAAUGGCGGAAAUCCUCUAGCAGCAUGGCAAUACUUUAAACGUGUGGGAGUGGUCACGGAAGAGUGUGAUCCUUACUUUGAUAGUAUUGGAUGUCCCCACCCUGGUUGUUCACCGGUAUAUCGCACCCCAAAGUGUAAUAGGAAGUGUGUCAAGAAGAACCUGUUAUGGGGGAAAUCAAAGCAUUAUGGUGUCAAUGCAUACAGGAUCAACCGUAAUAUCCGCAAUAUCAUGGCGGAAAUAUACAAAAAUGGACCAGUUGAGGUCUCUUUUACUGUGUACCAGGAUUUUGCUCACUACAAGUCAGGAGUUUACAAGCAUGUAACAGGGAAACGUUUGGCAGGCCAUGCUGUUAAGGUUAUUGGAUGGGGAACUAGUGAGCAAGGACAGAACUAUUGGCUCAUUGCUAAUUCUUGGAACACAGAAUGGGGUGAUGACGGAUUCUUCAAGAUCAGAAGAGGAACAAAUGAGUGUGGCAUUGAACAAAAUGUGGUGGCAGGGUUGCCUUCACCAAGAAAUCUGAAAGUGGAACUUGAUGAUGCUUUCCUUGAUGCCUCAAUAUGAAAUGCUACGAGUACUAGUAUUUCUUCAACAGGACACUACAUAAAUAAUAUGAUACUACUGGGGACGAGAAAAACUUAUAUAUGUACUUGCAUAAUAAUUUAUCUCGUCGAUUUUAUGUGUAUCAUUCAUAAAUAAUAAUCCUGUUUCAUUUAUGUUAUUCAUUUCGGUUUUCAACUUUA